UCCCCUCAAUCAAACACACACACACACACACUAUAUCAAUCUUAGUACCAGAAUCAAUGGCAACCAAGGAACGUAAGAUACUAGUAGCCGUCGACGAAUCAGAAGAGAGCACGUACGCACUGUCGUGGUGCCUCAAAAACGUUGUCACCGAGAAUUCAAAAGACACCCUCGUACUCCUCUACGUCAAACCACCGCACACUGUCUACUCAGCUCUCGACGGAACCGGAUACUUGUUUUCUCAAGAGAUAUUGAACACGAUGGAUAAGUACAGGAACGAUGUAGCUGAAACUGUCAUUCAGAAAGCAAAGAUGCUUUGCAAAGACCUGCAGGAUGUGAAGGUGGAGACGAGAGUGGAGAUCGGUGAUCCGAGGGAUGUGAUCUGCGAUGUGGGGGAGAAGAUGGGUGUUGAUAUGAUGGUGGUUGGUAGUCAUGGCUAUGGUUUGAUCAAGAGGGCAUUUCUUGGGAGUGUGAGCAAUCACUGUGCGCAGAACAGCAAGUGUCCAGUCUUGAUCGUCAAGAAGCCCAAAAACACUGCUGCAAAUUCUCCUCGAACUUGAGGUUGAAGAUGAUGUUGUAAUUAAUUAGCUUGAGUUAUCUACUUCGUUUCUCCUUUAGUUAAUGUUACUGGUAAACUACUUGUUUGUUUGUUUGUUUUUGUUGUGGUAUUUAGUGAAGGAUUUCUUGUUUUUGGGACAUUUUAGAAUUCUAAAAUCUGUUUUUUUUU